AUGCUUAUCUACAUCACCGACAAAGUUUAUGUUGAUCAAACCAAUCUUCUGGUAUUGGUCAUUGGUAAACGUCAACACUCGGAGCUAUUUGGAGAACUUUUAGCCCAUAUUAGAGCUUCACAAACUAUAGAUAAUUAUGAUACCCGUACAACUUAUUACUUUUCUCUACCAGACACGACAGCGAUGUUUAAAUCUUUCUCUGCUUGGUUUGCUCCAGAUGUACCAAGUGAUAUUAGAUCAAAGUGGAGAUCAAAUGGUGGAAAUUUAACAUCAGGUUAUGAAAGUGCAUACUUUUGGUUUGUCAAUGAUAUCUAUCAGAAAGAUGCUUAUCAGAUCAUUACGGGAGACUAUGGAAAGACUGUACAUGCAAUUCAAUAUCAUUGGGUUGGUCACUGUUUGGAGAGUGAAUCAUUACAGAGUUGUGUUGGUUAUUUGGUAUCAAGAUUGGAAGCUGCUUCAAACGAACAUUUGUAUCUUGAAAGACUAGAAAAAGAUACUCUAGAAGAGGAAAGACGUAAACUACAGACACUCACCGAAGAUGAUUUGGAUCUAAAUUUAAACUAUAAUUUAUUUGGUGGUGGAGGAGGAGGAGGAGGAGACAAAUCAUUUACACAUAUCGACGAUUCAUCAUAUGAUAAUAUCAAACCUCUCUUUUCAUCAAUAACCUCUCCAAGGACUGAUAGAUCUAUAUAUGGUGAUUAUAGUAACUUUUAUAAUAUAAAUCAAUCAACUGAAUCGAUAGCAAUGGUUUCAUCAACACCUAUCAAAGAAUAUAACAAAAAUGAUUUUAGUGUUACUAUUAUGGAUACACCAAAACAAAAACAACAACCAAUUCGUAUGCAAUCGCUUACACUUUCACCUACGCAAUCUAUUGGAUCACCUCCUCAUUAUCAACAACAACAACAAGCGAUAUCCCCUCCUCCUCCUUCAUCUUUUAGUACAUUUGACAGCGAUGAUGAUGAUGAAAAGAAGAAAAAGAAAAAGACUACCAUCAUGAUACCAAUACAAUAUGAACAUCAAGAGAUUAGUGAGGACUCUAAUGACAAUUUUAUAACAUUACCUUCAGAUUUACCUAAAAUCAAUCAAUACACAAAUUAUCAGAAUAAUGAGAAAAAUAAUAAUAAUAAUAUUCAUAUUGAUCUAAAUGAAGAUAGACAACAACAUAGAAAUAACAAUAAUAAUAAUAAUAAUAAUAGUAGUCAUUUUCAUACUAAUAAUAAUAAUAGUUUUAGAAAUCUGUUAAAAAAGGCAGAGAAACAAGAAGAUAUAGAUCUUAUUGACAAUGGUAGCGACGAUGAUGUAAUUGGAGAGGAUUUUUAUCGAUACCCAAUUCGCAAUACCAACAACAACAACAAUCAUGUACAUAAUAUUAACCAAACAGAUUCUCCUUUUAAACCUACGCAACAACAACAACAAACCCAAAGAGCACAAGUGGAUAAAUCUCCAUAUUUCCCAACUACUAGUAAUACCUAUCAACAACCAAAACAACCAAAACAACAACAACAACAAUAUAGUAACAACAAAUCGGCAAUUUCCCUUGAUGAUGAUGAUGUAGAAGAUCCUAUAAGUCAAUCUCCUCCAUGGUCAUCUAAACCUUUUCAAAAUAAUCAAAAUAAUCAAAAUAAUAAUAAUAAUUUAAAAGGUAGAAAUAAUAAUAAUAUUUAUAAUAAUAAUAAUCAAUAUAAAAGUAUUAUGUCAUCCCCACCACCAAGUCCAUCAAAAAUUUCAAAACCUACACCAAUACCAAUUAAAUCUCCUACCAAACCAACUAUUAUUGAUUUGGAUGAUUAA